AUGGAAGAGAUUAGAAGUGAUAGUCCUCCCGUGUCCUCAUCGCCGUUAGCCAAAUGGAGGAACGACUUCUCGAGGGCUUUUCACUGUCAUCUGGACCGAUCUGCCCCUCAUACAGUCAACAGGUGGCUCGGCACACUUGCUGCAGCUUCUAUUUAUGUCUUGCGCGUUUAUUACGUGCAAGGGUUCUACGUGAUCUCAUACGGCUUGGGAAUAUAUAUCUUGAAUUUGUUGAUCGGGUUUAUGUCCCCGAAAGUUGAUCCAGAGCUUGAAGCGUUGGACGGGGCUUCUUCGCCGAUGAGAGAUCCGCAUGAGUUCAGGCCCUUCAUCCGCCGCCUGCCAGAGUUCAUGUUCUGGUAUGCAAUCACAAAAGCUUUUUGUGUUGCCUUCAUGAUGACUUUCUUCUCCGUUUUCGAUGUCCCAGUGUUCUGGCCCAUUUUAUUCUUUUACUGGGUUUUUCUGUUUUUCCUUACCAUGAAGAGGCAAAUUACACAUAUGAUCAAACAUAGAUAUGUGCCAUUCAACUUUGGGAAGCAGAGGUCUGCUGGGAAGAGGUUUGCUAGAAGUACUAGUGGUUCAAAAGAGUUAUGA